AUGACGGCGGAGCGGGGUUACUGGAACAGCCUGACGGCGCUGCAGAAAGCCGCCGUGGUCUUGGGGAUCCCGGCCAGCGCCGCCGUCCUCUACAUCCUGUACCGCAGGUACCGGGAGAGCCGAGAGGAGCGGCUGACCUUCGUGGGAGGUGAGGAGCUGGAAAUCGAGAUGCGAGUCCCCCGGGCGGCCGUGAAAUCCAUCAUCGGCCGGAAGGGAGCCACCAUCAAAAAGCUAAGCCAGGAGACGGGAGCUCGCAUCGACGUGGAGGGAGAGGACGAGGGCGAGGAGACGGCACUGCUGAUCUCGGGCUCCCCCAGCCAAGUCUGCCGGGCGAAAGCCGCCGUCCACCAGAUCGUGACGGAGAGCACCCCGGUGUCAGAGCAGCUCUGUGUGCCCCAGAGAGCCGUCGGCAGGAUUAUCGGUCGGGGCGGCGAGACGGUGCGGGGCAUCUGCCGCAGCUCGGGGGCCAAAGUGCUCUGCGAGCGCGAGGCUGACGCCGGCCUGGCUCCGGUCAGGGUCAUCCAGCUCUCGGGGACGCGGAAGGAGGUGGCCACCGCCAAGAAACUCAUCCUGGAGAAGCUGAUGGAAGAGGACGCCUUCCGGAAGGAGCUGGCCCAGUCGACGGCGAUGCGGUGCCAGCGCAAGCAGCCCCUGGGCAGCCGUCGGGAGCAGGAGCCACUCCCCGAUGGGGCGCCGGAGCGCAGGGAGGAGGAUGGGGGCUCCUCUUGGGGUGAAGCCUCGCUCCCGGGCCAGGCUCCCUUUGAGGAGGCGGAGGAGCUGGAGGAUGAGAGCGAGGAGCUGGAGGAGCCGGCGGCAGGGCCUGACGCGGCAGUGCCGAAAUUUGAGGUUCCCAGCCCCGAUUUCAGCUUCCACGCCGACGAGCACCUGGAAGUUUACGUCUCAGCUGCGGAAAACCCCCACCACUUCUGGAUCCAGAUCAUCGGUCACCGCAGCCUGCAGCUGGACAAGCUGACCUCCGAGAUGGGGCACUACUACCAGAGCAGCGGCCACGCGGCAGAGCUCUCAACCGUCCAAGCAGGGGACAUCGUGGCUGCUCCCUACAUGGACGGCAGUGACUGGUACCGAGCCCGCGUCCUGGGCACGCUGGAGAACGGCAACUUUGACCUUUACUACGUGGAUUUUGGGGACAACGGGGAGGCCCCCCGCGAGGCGCUGCGAGCCCUGCGGAGCGACUUCCUGAGCUUACCCUUCCAGGCCAUCGAGUGCAGCCUGGCCGGGAUCGCGCCCGCGGGGGACACCUGGGAAGAGGCAGCGCUGGAGGCGUUUGACCGUCUCACCCACUGCGCCGCCUGGAAACCGCUGGUGGCGAAGAUUUCCAGUUACGCCCAGUCCGGGCUCUGCGCCCGGCCCAACGUCCGCCUCUACGAUGAGAACCUGGACGUGGGAGCGGAGCUGGUGCGGCUGGGCUUCGCCGUCCCCUGUCCCCAGGAGGAAGAGGAAGGGGCGGUGGGGGACAGCGCCCUGGCGCAGGAGGCCGCGGCAGAGACGCCGCUGAGCGGACAUGGGACGGGAGAGGGGGGUUUGUUCUCCGGCCCGGCUUCCCCGGAGGGAGCCAGCCCCACGUCCCCGGGGAUAGGGCGGCUUCCCUAA